CACCACCGAUUUUUUUUCCAACUUGUCUUACCAUCGAUUAGCUAUAACAAUAUUCACUAACCACGUGGGUACGUGCUCGAUCCUUCUACGUACUUAGUGAAAAAGAUCCAUGGAUGGUAAGGGCUACGGCAAAUGGUACCCAGUCCUGGUUAUGAUUGCAGUCCAUUUCGCCUUCGCUACUAUAAAUGUACUUCUCAAAAAGGUUAUAGAUGAUGGACUCAACCAUCUGGUCUUUAUCACCUAUCGUCUCACUGUUGCUACAAUCUUUUUGGCCCCUGUGGCCUUCUUUUUUGAAAGGAAGAGCCAGUGGAAGCUUACAUACAGCUUAAUAUGCCACCUUUUCUUGAAUGCAAUUCUUGGGGCAUCGCUCACACAGUACUUGUUCCUUCUCGGUAUACAAUAUACAUCCGCCACUUUCUCUUGUGCUUUUCUCAACAUGGUGCCGGUCAUCACAUUUAUCAUGUCACUGCCCUUCGGGUUGGAAACUGUGAACAUAAAAUCAAAUAGUGGAAGAGCCAAAGUGAUAGGCACACUAGUUUGUGUAGGAGGUGCCACCUUACUGACCCUCUACAAAGGAGUGCCUUUAUUUAACCAUCAUUCACACUUGCAAGACACAAUCAAUGUUCAAGAUAUCAGCAGACUAAGCUCCGUUUUAACUUCAAGAAAAGCAAGAUGGACUUCGGGGUCGUUGGCUUUGAUUGCUGGUUCAAUCUUGUGGUCUUCCUGGUUUCUAGUCCAAUCAAACAUCGGAAAGAGAUACCCGUUGCAGUAUUCUAGCACCGCCAUCAUGAUGUUCUUUGGUGCCAUCCAAUCUUUUGUCUUAAGCAUGUCCUUAGAGAGAGAUAUUUCAUCAUGGAUUCUGAAGGGGAAAUUAGAAAUCUUUAGCGUCUUUUAUGCUGGUAUUAUCGGUUCAGGUUUUUGCUUUGUUGCGAUGUCUUGGUGUGUCAAGAAAAGGGGUCCAGUCUUCUGUGCAGCAUUCAGUCCUCUUGUUCAGAUGAUAGCAGCUCUAUUCGACAUCCCAUUUCUGCAUGAACCAUUGCAUCUUGGAAGUUUAGUGGGAUCGGCUAUUGUCGUAAUAGGAUUGUACAUUCUUUUAUGGGGAAAGAACAAGGAAUUGCAGACUUCUGGUGUUGCAAAAGGAGACCCAGAUAACGAAAAAGCCAAAGUUCAAGACCCUGAGUCUCAAGUAACUUGUGAUUCAAAGGAUCCUCCAACCCCAGAAAGUUAGCUCAUGACUCUUGGUUGUCAUCGUAUCUUACUAUGAUUAGUUUUUUCUUUAACUGUGAUGAUAAGAUGAUGAUUAGGAUGGCAUAUUCCUAAUAAAUAGAGACCUCUUCUUUCUAGGAAAAAGAACUUGAUGAAGGUGUGAAUUGCACUCUAUUUGGAAUCCACACCACCCUAAUUAGUAAUUAUUGCCCAAAAAG